AACAACAGAUGCCGGGAUGCUGCCUCUCACUCUCAGGCGUGAGAGAGAGAGAGAGCAUCAUGCUGCCUGCUAGCAAAACCGUCCACGUUUUUUCCGUCAUUCCCCGCCUCUCAUACCUCUUGCGAGAGAAACUUCCUGAUGUAGAAGUAGUGGAAGUUAAGCUGAUUGGAAAUAUUGAUGGGAAAUAUCCCAAAAAAGUUUUGCAAGAGGAAGUGGCUGCUCUUCAGGAGGCAGAGAUACUCUUAGUAGACAACAGUCUUCUUGUCCAGGUAGUCCUUAAAUCAAGUGGAUAUAACAUCAAAAGUGUAUUACAGAUCUUUGCUUGCAGAAAUUUAUUGAAGAAUUCUAGGAGGUGGGGGUUACCUGAACUGCCACCUGAUGGCAGUCAGGGGCAUCACAGUUACCACAGUGUAAACACCCUAAUCUACCUGAACCCUAAUCUUAAACACCCUAAUCUUGCCUGUUACCUGAAGCCAAGGCCUACAUUCCCAAUUACUCGUAUGGCUAGUGAAAGCUUCAGUCAGCUCAUGGCAGAAUAUGCUGUUGGGUGGAUCAUUAGCCAUGAACGUGGUUUGUUGGAUUGUAGGAUGUACCAGCUGAAAAGUGAAUGGGGACAUAAAGGCAAUAUUGUCAAUUACCGCAGCCUGCGGGAAUUGGCAGUAGGUGUUUUAGGCAUGGGAAUAAUUGGUAAAGAGGUGGCCAGGUCCUUAAAAUCUUUCAAUACUACAGUGCAUGCCUACACCCGCACCGCACCCACUGUGGAGAACAAGUCCAAUAAUGUGGAUAAAUAUUGGCACACUGGGGAGUUGUUGUCAUUUUUGCAACAGUGUGAUUAUAUGAUUAAUAUCAUGCCAUCUACUCCAGAAACAAGAGGAAUGCUUGGAAACGACACCCUGAAAGAUGCAAAGAAGGAUGCAGUAUUCAUCAACAUUGGCAGAGGGGAUGUCAUCAAUGAGGCCGACAUCAUCAAAGCUCUUGAUUAUGGAUGGAUAUCAGCUGCAAUACUCGAUGUAUUUGUUCAGGAACCAUUGUCGCCAGAAAGUCUUCUUUGGAAGCACCCAAAGGUGAUGAUAACACCACAUUCAUCAGGGAUUAGCCGUGCUGUGGAUGUUGCCGAGGCCUUUGUUGCCAACUUCAGACGAUAUACUCAGGGUUUCCCUAUUCAGAAUACAUUAGAUUUCGACAGAGGAUAUUAAAUGAAUGUUAAAGACACUUAA